AUGGCGCCCACCCGAUCCUUGAGACCACGCUCAACGGCCGCGGACAAGCUUCACAGAGGCAAGCGGCAGACUUCGUCCGGAAAGCGUGCUGACACGCUCAACCGACAGGCUGCCGCGCCCACCGCAAGGAACAAAUGGGUAGACGAGCGCAUCGCGGACGGUAGCUUCGGCGAACCCGGCGCUGGGCUCGAAGCGGUGGCAGCGGGCGGAUUCCACACGUUGGUCAUAGAUGAAGCCGGCAAGGUCUGGUCCUGCGGUGUGAACGAUAACGCGUCGUUGGGGAGACCUAGCGAUGGCCUCCCCUCUGAAUAUACGGAACUCCUAGCGCCUCUUCAGCUUCUGGUUGAAGCAGGUUUCCGGGCCACGCGGAUCGUAGCAGGCGAUACCAUUUCUGCGGCUGUUGACAGCCAAGGCGAGUUUCGCGCCUGGGGAACUUUUCGCUCAUCGGAAGGGCGUUGCGCCUUCUCACCUCAUGUGGAGAGACAACACGUCCCCGCCCUCGUGGAACGGCUGGAAAACACUAUGGUUAGCCAGGUGGCCGCGGGUAAUCAACACUUGGUGGUUUUGACCGCAGCCGGCGACGUGUACACCAUGGGCUUCGGCGAAGACGGCCAGCUCGCUCGCCGGAUCAUAGCAGGGCGCGAGCUGCAGGGCACCGUUCCGGAAAAGAUCGUCUUGGGAAGACGUUCGAGAAAAGCGGUGGUCGUUGGUUCUGGCGAGAACCAUUCUUUCGCAGUCGACACCGAAGGGACCGUCUGGGGAUGGGGCAUCAACAGCAACGGCAGAACUGGGACCGGCAUUGAUGCCGAGGUCGUGCCGUCUCCGCAACGUGUCGCGGGGCUGAGCAAGGACGAACUGGAUGGAGCAACUGUAACGUCGAUCACAGGUGGACAGCAGCAUACCUUAUUCCUGACUUCGGAUGGACGCGUGUACGCGUGCGGUCUUUCGGAGGAGGGACGGCUCGGUCUCCCGCCUCAUCACCCAGCAUUGAUGGACCCAAACAGACGCAGUACCCACUUCUUGGACACACCCACUCAGGUUACUUUUCCGUACAACGCCAGGAUCCGAUACAUAGCGUGCGGUACGCAUUGCUCCUUCGCCAUCGACACGGAAAGCGCCAUGUACAGUUGGGGCCGUCAGGUCACUGGUGAGCUAGGCUUGGGCAGCGAACUAGCCUUAGCGGAGACGGACCGGGACGUCCUCACACCUCGGGAGGUCGUGCGACGCGCUGGCUCUUGGAUUACUGAAGCCGUCUCGUGCGGCGGCCAACAUGCAGUAGCUUUGCUCAGAAGGAAAGAUAAUCAGUAA